AAUCUUCAAUACAUGCUUUGGUUCACAAAUGUGAUUGUUUCUAUAAUUUAAAGGAGAAACUACUAAAUGACAGAAUGGAAACCAGGAACAUGGCAAUAGGAAUCAUUCUCUUAGUACAGAGUAUACUUGGAAUUUUCGGAAACUUUUCUCUUCUUUUCUACUAUCUAAUUCUUUACUACAAGGAAUGUACAUUAAAGAUUGUAGACAUGAUUUUUACACAUGUGUUCAUAUCUAACUCUUUGAUAAUUCUCUCCAAAGGAAUUGCCCAGAUAAUGGGAGCCUUUGGUUGGAACCAGUUCUUCAAUGAUGUUGGAUGCAAACAUAUUUUAUAUUUUCAAAGGCUUGGCAGGAGCAUGUCCAUCAGCACCACCUGUCUCUUGAGUGUCUUUCAGGCAAUUACCAUCAGCCCCAGAAAUUUCUACUGUAAGGAAAUUAAAAUUAAAACUCCAAAGUUUAUGGGACUGUUAAUUUCACUCUGCUGGAUCCUGUUCCUGCUAAUAAAUAUGUUUUUUCCUGUGUACACAUCUACCAAAAAGAAUAGCAAAAAUAGGACACGAAAGAGAGGUUAUGAAUUCUGCCUCUCUCUAAGUCGUGACAAAAUCAUAGAUUUAAUGUACACAGCAUUUUGGGUGUUCCCUGAAGUUUUAUUUUCUGUGCUCAUUGUAUGUUCCAGCACCUUCAUGAUUGUCACACUUUAUGGGCACAAGAAGAGGGUUCAACGGAUUCUCAGCACACAUGCUUUCCAAAGAAUGUCCCCUGAAAACAGAGCCACACAGACAAUCCUGGUCUUGGUUUGCACCUUUUUAGCUUUUUAUACUCUCUCUUCCAUUUUACAAGGUUAUAUUGCACUUUCACAAAACCCCAGUUGGUGGAUAAUGAAUAUCACAUCCAUCAUUUCUAUGUGUUUUCCUACAUUAGGUCCAUUUGUGAUGAGCCAUCAUUCCAUGUUUUCCAGAUUUUGCUUUACCUAG